UGUGGUUUGUUUGUUUGUGUAGAUGUUCUCCUAUUUAUUUUUGCCACAGAGAAUUCGAUCGGGAAAAACGCAAAUGUCAUAAUAUAUUUUAGAAAUUAUUCCCCAAUAACCUCUCUAGAAGUGAAUUUAUUACCCAUGCAUCGUUUCCUCAAGUAGUUCCUUAACAACCAUCAUUUCAUUUCCGUAUGUUCGCGUCCAACCCUUUGUGAUAAGAGAAGGAAGGAAUGACGUGAUCACAAUUAACUAGAUGGAACUGCUUAAAACCCAUCAAUAUUACGUCUUGUUAAACGGAGAACACAGUCUUUGGUGUGACCGCAAAACUGGGGCGUUUGAAGCCAAGCCAGGAUGGGAGCUAGCCAAUGGUCAAGAUCCGGAAUGUCUCGGAAUAUUCUAUGGCCUCAUCGGGCGAAUUCGGCUGGCUGACUGUGAUGAUAGACUGUUAUUGAUCAAAGAGUGCGCAACUGUUGGUACUUUACCAUCAGGGCAUGUCGUCAAUGCCAUCACCUCCAUUGCAAUACUCCAGCCUACUGCUCAGGGUGUAAAUGAUAUUGGACUGAAACCAUGCAGGAAGCACCACAAGCAACAGUUGGAUCUUUUAGCCGCAAGUAGCCAAAAAGCAGCAAUCGCCAAAACAUGGGGCUCCAUAAAAUCAGCCACCUCAUCCAUCAAAACAUCAUCAACACAGCAUGGAUUCAUGCAAUCGAGUUCCAAAACUGGGUUUUCCCUCCGAAAAGAAACCAAAGAAAAAGAAAAAUUUGAGAAGCGAAUUGUAGAUGAAUUGUUCAGAAUUUUCACGGGCACCGAUUCAUUCUAUUAUUGCCCAAAUGGGGGUGAUCUCACUAACUCAGUCCAGAAACAGUAUUACAAUUCUGAUCGAGAACCAAACGCAUUCAGCUGGAGGCUUGUGGAUGAUCGGUUUUUCUGGAAUAAACACAUGCUGCAGGAUUUAAUACUUACUAAUGAUCCGCAGAUGGACCCUUGGAUUAUUCCCAUCAUUCAAGGCUUCGUUCAGAUCGAAACGGUGCAUUUAGAUUGUAAGAAAGAGGCAUUUUCAUUAACAAUAAUCAGUCGAAGGAGCAGAUUCCGAGCGGGAACUCGUUACAAACGAAGGGGCCUUGACGAAUCAGGGCGAUGUGCUAAUUAUGUUGAAACGGAGCAGAUUGUAUGUUAUAAGCACCAUUGUGUUAGUUUUGUUCAAGUAAGAGGAUCCGUACCUCUGUAUUGGAGUCAACCCGGCUAUAAAUAUAGACCUCCGCCUAGGUUACAUAGAACUAAAGCAGAAACACAUGAAGCAUUUGAAAAACAUUUUAAUGAAGAAUUAGCAUUAUACGGACCAGUGGCGAUAAUAAACUUGGUCGAACAGACGGGGAAAGAAAGUGUCAUUUUCGAUGCUUACACAGAACAUGUGAUAAUGUUCAAUAACACUGACAUAACCUAUGUUACUUUUGAUUUCCAUGAAUUCUGCCGAGGCAUGAAGUUUGAGAACGUGACCGUCUUAAUUCAUCAUUUGGAAAAAGAAGGAGUCUUGAAUCAGAUUGGUUAUUGUUGGAGGGAUAAACAUGGGCUGAUAAAACCACAAACUGGAAUCAUAAGGACUAAUUGUAUCGAUUGCCUAGAUCGCACAAACAUUGUUCAGACUGCCCUUGCGAAAGUUGUCAUAACUUCUCAACUAACAAAGCUGGGCUUGGUGUCUCCUGAGGGUACAUUUCCUGACAACUUGAAAACAAUAUUUCAGCUAAUUUGGGCCAAUAAUGGAGAUCACAUCAGCAAACAAUAUGCAGGAACAAAUGCUUUGAAGGGAGACUACACUCGCACUGGAGAGAGGAAAUUUUCUGGUCUCAUGAAAGACGGAAUGAACUCAGCAAAUCGGUAUUAUCUAAGUCGUUUCAAAGACACAUGGAGACAAGCAACAAUAGAUAUAAUGCUCGGUAAUCCAGUCGAAGAGCCUGUAACAGGAGCUAAAGAAGCCUCAGAGGACUUCGAAGAUGAAGUUGAUGGUGAUGAAUCUAUGAACGCUGAGCAUGUCAAAUUACUAAUAGAGGACUGUAAAAAAUUGCUAAUUAGUGAUCAAAAUCAUGUGCGAGGAGCGUGGGGUCUCAUAAAUGCAUCUGAAAUUACUGAUCUGAGUGAAUCGGAGAUGGAUACAGUGUUAAUAUUAACGCAAGACUCCUAUUACGUUGCCGAUUAUGAUGAUCAAAUGGACAAAAUAUCGAAGUAUCAAAGAGUUCCUUUGGAGGACAUAGUAGUAAUCGAAACAGGGCCAUUGUCUUUUGGUAACGCUGUUGCAUCGGGCCCUCUCCAGUUGUUCAAGCAAUCCACUCAAAAACAACCUGCCUCCGUGCAUUGUUUAAGAAUACAGUACAAUAUAGGAAACGGCCAAAUGUACUAUCAUACUUUCCGCUCUACCAACAUUAGAUUUUUCAACAACGUCACCUCCAUCAUUAAGAGCCCAGAAGAGAUGAUUGAGUCAUUCAACAUCAUUGCAGACACAAUAGUACAGACUGCAGCCGCAAUUGGAUUGGAAAUACAGUGGAAAGAAGGUCCGCUAGACCCUGCUCCUCUAAGUAAAGAGUCUAUGUCCAGGAAUUCAUCUGAAACGCAACUUUCGUCCCUCAAGAAUGUCGGUGCUAAAGCAUUAACAAGUAUGUCACAAGGAUUUAGCAAACUGAAUAGGUUAGGUCAGAGUUUCAAGUCUCGAACGAAACCCAAAGUAGAGAUGUCUCCCUCGAAAUUGAGUAAUACUGCCGAAAGUGCUGAGAUAUCUAGCGAAGAGGAGGAACUAGCAUCAGACGCAAAACUGGAGGCAGUUUCUAAUAUCGGGCGUUCUUCUGGAGGAAAGGAACCCCUUCAUCGUGUAGACUUUUACCUGCCAAGUGUAGGACUUUUGAUAAGUUGUCAGCAAAUCCAUUUCAUUCAGCCAAAAGAGUCCUCGGUCUCAGAAUCUGUGGUCACUGUUGGUCUGUCAAAAGUUUGUGAUCAGAACAAAGUACACGGCAAGUACCCAUUUUUACAUUCCCGCACGGACUUAGUUUUGAAUGUUGGUCCGGCGCAUUCCAGUGUCUCAAAAGCCCCCGAUAUUGUGAUAUCAAGCACCUGUGAUAAAUCAGACCUCGUUGAUUCAUCAUACAUGAACAGUCUAUUCUCUCGUUCCUCCGAGGUCUUAUCGUUAAAUCAAGGAACAUCAGUGUCUUCAAGCUCGGUAUUGUCGAAGAAAGACUCUUCUAUUGUGCGAAGCAGCUCUGAAAAAGACUUGGUCAUGAACAUCAAACAGUCCCAUUCCGAGACAACAUUGCGUAACUUGAAGUUCAGUUUCAGCUCAGUUGCAUCCACAGCUAUCUCCAUUCCUUCGUCUCCAUUUUCAAGGUUCGCUCGAGGUGUUCAAAGCCUGAGCUCGAAUUUGGACCCACGAAAAUUGAAAGCCUCGACGCAAGAAAAAGUCAGUCCGGUACUCUCUCCCGAUGAAGUUGUUCAGAAUCAGGUCCUUAUAGAGAAAUGGGUGCGACACAAUUGCCGAAGCAAACUUAUUGCCUUGUAAAUUUGAUGUUCAGUGAGUAAAUGUGAUUCUUACGUGCUUUUAGUACUUAGACCGUAGAACUUUCCUGCCGCUUAAUAGUUGCCGUAAAGGUUUGCAAAAACGUUGUUGCAACGUUUUUGUUGUCUCUGCAACCUUUUCGGGGAACCAUUGAGGACUGGAUUAAUUUUCUUGUGAAAUGUAAAAUUUAGAGUUCCUGAAAAUGGUGUUGUUUUCAUAUACCUAAUCUAAUCUUUACAAGCAUCUAUCGAUCUGUCAGAUUAGUGGCAAGUGAAGCUUCCGAAUGAGAAAGCUCUCUAAUAAAGAAAUUCAGUCAAAUGUUAUACAAUUCUGUAACUACAUGCAAACGUGACAUUCACAUGAAAUUGGAAAGUUUUUCGAGGUGUGUGAUAUCCCUUUCUUUAGAUUGAAAAAAGUGCAAUGGUGUUUUUGCAACAUUGGGUAUCCCAGGACCUUAAUUGUCCGAAAUAGGUGACUAAUAAAUUGAAAACAGCCAAUCAGUUGUAACUUGAAAUUAAUCCAAAGGUAGGUUACGACUCUCCGAUGAAGGAAGUUUGAAACCAUAAAUCUUAGAAUCUAUUUUUUUAAACCUGGUUAGUUUCGUUCCUUUUUUGUCUGACUCCCAUAUCCAUGUCAUUUUUUUAAUGAGCUGGAUUAAUUUUUGUUUCAUUUGUAAAUUUUUAUCGUAGAUCAUCACGAUCUAUCAUUGAAUCCUGCCAAAGCAGCUGUAAUCCGGUUUUUGCAUUUAAUUGUGUGUUUUCAAUCCUACAGCGA